ACACAAAGAAUUUAAAUAAAAUAAUCAGAAAGAUAAUUCAAGUGUAUACAUAUUUCAUGCUAUGCAUUCAUAAAGUUGAAGCAAGACUAUACCUUAUCUCAGGUUAUAUUCAAGUAGAGUAGGAGUAGAGAUUAUCAAUCAUGGCAGCUGAUGAAAAGAAAAUGCCGAGUGAAGCUGAGAAAAAGUUUAUUGAUGCCAUUGUUGGAGGAAAACUUGAGGAAGUCCAGACUUUGUUGAAAGAGCCUACAAUUAAGAUAGACUUUACAGAUGAUACUGGUACCACACCUCUUCAGCAUGCAGCUUUCAGAGGAAAGACUGAUAUAUGUCAGCUGUUGCUGGCCAAUGGUGCUGAUGUAAACUCAAGAUAUCAUGACAAUGGUUAUACAGCACUUAUGUUUGCUGCAUUAUCAGGGAAUGCUGAGACAACAAGGUUGUUAUUAGAGGCUGGUGCUAGGACAGAUUAUACAAAUUCUGUUGGAAGGACAGCCACACAGAUGGCAGCUUUUGUAGGACAACAUGAAUGUGUUUCUGUCAUCAACAACUAUUUUUCUAAAGAUGAUUUGACACCGUACAUCAAGAUACAAGGAGUUGACACAGAGCCAAGAUUACCUCAGGAACUUGCUUCUCCUCUUGCAAAAAUGAUCAACUUUCCUAAUCUUCAUCCUGUCAAACUUGCAUUUUACCUUCAAGAGAACUCAGGACUUUUAGAGAAUUCCACCAAGAAGGUUGUUCGUACAUUGGAGUCAUUAUGUGAAAAGUGUAUGAAAGCCAGAGAGACAAAUCAUGUGAUGGCAAUGAAAACACACUAUUUUUCAUUUGUCGUAGCAGAAGCUGGCAAAGUAUACAAAGAAAAGGGUAGUCUUGAUGAAUGGAUUAAACAGUUAAUUAAAGGAAGACAGUCUGAUGGAUUUUCUGUAACACAAGAGAAUUUGAUUAGAGAAUCAAUAAAGCAAUUUCUUUAUUCUGAUUGCCCAUUGUUUCAUCAGUGUGUUCGAAGUUUAGCACCUGUAAAAAUUGGUGAUGAUCCAACAGCAUUAAAUGUCCUGUCACAAGUAAUUAAUGGACAAAGAUUCUUCAAUGAUGAUAAAACAUGUACAACUUGUGGUGAAAUUAAAGCUGAGAAAAAAUGUUCUGCAUGUAAAAUGGUUAAUUACUGUAAUCAGACAUGUCAAAAACUUCACUGGUCUACACAUAAAAAGUUCUGUAAGAGUUUAGCAGAACAAUAUAUAAGAAUUGAAGAAAUGAAGAAAAAAGAAGAGGAACUUAAACAGAAAGAAGAAGAAUUGAAGAAACAUGCAGAAGACAUUGAAAAGAGGAAAGGAGAAAUUGAAACAUUAGUGGAACAAAAAGAAGAAAUAGAAAAACAGAUAGCUGAGCAGUAAAAUAGACAGAUUUCUUUAUGUUCAAUAGCAAUUGUAGGUUGAUUAUAUAAAGUUACCAUUGUCCUUCUUUAUGUAUGUCAGAAUUGAUUUAAAUUUUAUGACAUGCUCUUCUCAGUAGCUGAUGAGAAUAAAUCAGUUUUAUUUCACAAUUUAAUCAUCUUAUAUCUAGUAGAACCAUGAUCAACAAUAGUUAAUUUUGACUACAGAAACUCAUUGAUAUUUCAUGAGUAUUUCUUAAAGUGAAAUUAUAUUUAAUUAUUAUUGUUUUAAUUUUUUAUAGUUUCUGAAUUAGGAUUUGUUCAUGGCCAUGAGUUCUUGAAUUCUUUAAUUAAGGAAUGACUGUAAUAUUUUUUCUGUCUAUGAAGAAAUAACAUAAAAAAUGUGGUGCACACUGAAUA